AUGGAAGAGAAGAAAGCCAAAAAGGAAGAGAAGAAGAAUGCAUCCAGGCAAUUGAACAAUUAUAAUUAUUAUGGCAAAGUUAAUAACGAAAUGAUUAAUACAGCACUUGAUGAAGUACAAAAUUCUUUACGCAGAAUUGUCGAACAAGAUCCAAAAAACGCAAAAACUAUUAUUUCAUCAAUUACUAAGAUCUUAAGUGAUGAGAAAAUACUGAUAAAUGAUGAGAUUAAUCAAAAAGCUUUACCAAAAGCUUCGAAAAAUGAUGAAGAAGAUAAAGCUAUUAUCGAAAGGAUUACUAAACUAUCAAAAGAAGAACCAAAUGUUGCAAAACUUAGAACUUUUGCGAAUUUGGCUUCUAAAAUAAUCAAAAUACCAAUUACUCAUCAGAUUACUUCGAACAAGGUAUUUUUAUUAGGAUGGUUCAAAGAUAAUAUUGAAGCAAUCGAAAGAGCUUUCGCAAAUGGUGAAUUUAAUUAA